GAGGAUGAAGAGGAGCGCAGUGAAUUAAAGCCACAUUACUGAGGAGGAACUCACAGGAGAACAAUGACAUCCAUCUGAGCUGAGAGUCUGCGCCGCCGCCAUCACGCCGACCCCCCAGGAUGACCAUCAGCCUCCUGUUUGACUGAGGGACCCCCAUCACAGCUGCUGCUGGUUUGGAAGGACUGCACUGAAUGGAUCCUAUCUACCAAACCGAUCUCCUCUGAUUGAUCCUGAGAGAAGUUGCACCAACAGACUCAGAAACUCUUCUUACUCAUCAGGCUACUGAAUGAUUCCAAACGUGACAUGUCAAAGUCAUUAACCUGACCACGGGGCGACCCGCCUCAGACCGGCCGUCCGGUUUGCCGUUUUCCUGCCGGAGUUUCAGAUUCUUCUUCAGGAGGAUUUGCAGCGUUCUGGCGGGCCGCCACCGAGCCCGGCAGAACCGGGGCGGCGAGCUACAGCGGCCGGGAUUUAUGAGCAGUUGGCAGGAAGUCUGAAUGAAUCUGAAGCCGAGCAGAUGUGGAGAAUUUAGGACAUCAGAGUUUGAGUCUGGAGGAAACGGUUCUGACAGGCUGGUGGCUCCGCCUCCACGGCCCGUCUGUGGGAGCUCUGCAGGUGAGGAGCGGCGCCGCUUUACUCAUCCUUCAACACGCCGUCAGAUUAAACCAGUUCUGCAUCCUUCAUCCGCCAGGCUCCGCCCACCUGCUUCUUCUCUCUGCAGAACCAUCUGUCACAGAUUUGAAGGUGAUGAUGCUGGAUGUCAUUGUUCUGACUUUAACCGUCCUAAUCUGAUAAGCACAGGAUCACUUUCACCUGAUUAAUCUUCAGCCGCACUAAUCUGCUGAUCUGAGAAUAUUAUUCUGAUCUCAGAAGAUCAAAAACCUGCAGAGCACAAGCAGAGAGCGCACGUUUGGCCCCCCGCUCCUGGUGUGGCCCCCGGUCCCGGUGGGCGGGGACGAGGACGUCCAAUCAGACCGGACGGACACAUGACCUGCAACAUCUGCAGCUCCGUCUGCGCAGUCGCUAAGCUUUAAGGAGGCGCGGCGCCGGCGGUCCGUCACACGGCGGGGACUCUGCGGAGGAGAUGGAACCGCGUUCACCUGGUCUACCACCUGGAGUGGGAGGAGCUCUAAGAAGAGGCUGGAAGAGAGGAGCAUUCUGAUGUGAGCAGAGCGAUGGCGACUGCGUGAAGAUCCAAACGGCGUGCUCCUCUACGGUAAGAACCCCCAAACAUCUCCGAGCGCUGAUGACUUUUCAGAGAAAACGGAUGAAAACGAGGAAAGAUUAAAACAAACGUUCUGAUGUGGAUAAGCUCCUGAAUCCAACGGUUCUUUGUUUCACCAUCUGUUCUCGCCGCUCGCUUUAAUGCUCCUCCUCCCAGACUCUUCCCCAUGGAGCACUCCCUCUCCAUGAGCUCCACGCCGGCGGACGACGAGUUGGAGGACCACCGGCCCCUCCUGCCCCCCAGGAUGGUCCCCCCGCCCCAGACCUACUCCCCCCAGUGCGGGAUCCACCACACGCUCCCGACCUCCAUGGAUCACGCCGUGUGGCUGGACCGGACCCAGGCGCUGGCCACCACGCCGCUGUACAACGGCCACCUGUACAUCACGUCCACGCCGCGCGGCGGCAGGAGGAAAGACAAGGCCAAAGGCAAGGAGAAGAAACGCGCCGCGGAGGCCAAGAUCGCCCCCUCCCCCGGCGCCUCGCCCUUCCUGGGCACCAGGCGGGCGCACCAGGGCCGCCGCAAGUCGGGCAACGUGUCUCUGGAGAUGCAGGACCGCCAGAGUCUGCCGGAGAUCAUCAUCACCAGCAAAGACGACCACGCCCCCCAACACGGCAAGACGUCCCACAAGAAGGAGGGCAAGGGCCCCCUCCCCGGGGCCAAGUUCCCCAGCUUAAGCCACGCCCACAGCCCCCAGCACAGCCCCAAGCGCAAGGAGGACGCCAAGAACGACCCGUACUGGAAGAGCCGCAACAUCGGCUGGCGGCUGGUCCGCCGGCGGGCGCUGUUCCUGCGGCGGCAGCGGCUGAACGACUGCGCGCUGGCCGUGGGGCUGUUCGGCGUGCUGAUGAUGGUGAUGGAGACCGAGCUCUCCUGGAGCGUCUACAGCAAGAGCUCCGUCUACUCGCUGUCCCUCAAGUCCGUCAUCACCGCCUCCACCGUCCUCCUGCUGGGCCUGAUCGUGGCGUACCACUGCUGCGAGGUGCAGCUCUACGUCCACGACAUCGGCGCGGAGGACUGGCGCAUCGCCAUGACGACGGACCGCGUGGCGUUCAUCGCCCUGGAGCUGACGGUGGCGGCCAUCCACCCGUACCCGGUGGGGCUGCUGGCGUACUUCCAGAAGAGCGCGUCCCGCAUCUCGCUGUCGGAGACGGAGCUGGAGAUCGUGCUGGCGCUGCCCAUGUUCCUGCGGCUCUACCUGAUGGCCCGCGCCAUGAUGCUGCACAGCCGCCUCUUCACCGACACCGCCUCCAGGAGCAUCGGGGCGCUCAACAAGAUCCACUUCAACUCGCGCUUCGUGGGGAAGACGCUGAUGACCACCUACCCCGGGACGGUGCUGAUGAUCUUCAGCGUGUCUCUGUGGAUCGUGGCGGCGUGGGGAUUACACGUGUGUGAGAGACAUCACAACUACAGAGACCUGAGCAGCAACUACAUGGAGGCCCUGUGGAUGGUGUCCGUCACCUUCCUGUCCAUCGGCUACGGAGACGUGGUUCCUCACACCUACUGUGGGCGGAGCAUCUGUCUCCUCACGGGGAUCAUGGGCGCCGGCUGCACCGUGCUGGUGGUGGCCGUGGUCGCCAGGAAGCUGGAGCUGUCCAGAGCGGAGAAACACGUCCACAACUUCAUGAUGGACUCGCACAUCUCCAAGAGGAUAAAAAUUGCUGCAGCAAAUGUGCUGAGAGAGACUUGGCUGAUAUACAAGCACACCAAGCUGUCCCGGGAACGGGACGACACCCGAGUCCGCAUGCACCAGAGGAAGCUGCUGCUCGCCAUCCAACAGCUGCGGCGCGUCAAGAUGGAGAAGAGGAUCCUGGCGGACCAGGGCAACACUCUGGUAGACCUCCACAAGGUGAGAGAGAUGAGCAGCCUGAUGUACGACGUGCUGUCGGAGGUGCAGGGCUGCCGCGGCGAGCUGCACACGCACGUGCACAGCCUGGAGAAGAGCGUGCAGGAGCUGCGCGAGGGCUUCCGGAUCCUCAUGCCGCUGCUGUCCAGCACGCUGUCCACGCAGAACUGCUCCAUCCGACACCUGCUGCGCGAGCGGGAGGGCAAGGGCGAGAGCGCGGCCGGAGCCGACAACUGACGGCGUUCAAGAACUGAUCUGAACUCUCUGUAGCAACAGUAUUAGUCUGACUAGAGUCGUGUCCCGGACUGAAACGUGAAUAAAAGCUGAAAUCUCCCAGAUA